AGCCCAGGUUCGGCUGUGCCCAACCUGAGCAGAAGCAGCCUACGGAUCAUCGCUCUCUUCCAGCUCCCUGCCCUAGGCAGGAGGAGGCGCUUAUCUCCAGCGCGGCCGUAUUUACAGUAAUAGCAGCCGCUGUCACAUUUCACUCUCUCGUAGAAGGUUCAGGCGGUUCUACUACUACUUGCUUUACAGUAGCACCGGCAGGAGGGGAGGAGGGGAAGAAGGAACCUGGGAGUCGGUAGCAGCCGCAGCCGAAGCAUUGUAAGAGUCUCUGGUAGAGCGGACGGAGCGGCAGAAGAGGAAGCUCGGGAGAAACGGCGUGGGCUCGGCCCCUUGGAAGACUGGCGCCGGCAUCGUCCCGCUGAGGCUCCGGGGAACUUUCCCCGUUGAAAGAAGAGGCGAUGGAGUUGUGAAGCGAAAACGCUAGGUUGCUCUUUGCCCUUCGGGAGGACGUCCAAGGCUGACGGCCAGCCCCGCUCGCCUGGGCUCUGGCGUUGCCUGCAACACCUGGAAGAAUUUCCCUCUCCCUCAACUAGCAGCGCCUCCCCCCCCUUUCCUUAGCGCCGUACGGCUGAGGAUGCGAGGCUCCCGGCCCGCCGGCUGCCUCGUUCCCGCCACGCUGCCCGCCGCGGCCCCUCGCUCCAGCCCGCCGUGCCAGCUGCUGGGCUGGGCGGGGGGUUGCUGAGCUCUUUGCAUGGGGCCGCUGCAGCUGCUGGGCUCGGUCCCUCUGUCUGCUGCUACUGCAGCCGCCCCCGUCGAAGGAGAAGAUGCCCAGACAGGAGCUGCCUUUGCCCGAGGGCUGGGAGGAAGCUCGCGACUACGAUGGCAAAGUCUAUUACAUCGACCACGCCACCAAAACCACCAGCUGGGUCGACCCGCGGGACAGGUAUACUAAAUCACUAACCUUUGCUGACUGCAUAAGUGAUGAAUUACCAUUGGGAUGGGAAGAGGCAUAUGACCCCCAAGUUGGAGUCUAUUAUAUCAACCACAACACCAAAACUACCCAGAUAGAGGAUCCUCGAAUACAAUGGCGGCGGGAGCAAGAACACAUGCUGAAGGACUACCUUAUACUGGCACAAGAAGCACUGACAGCUCAGAAAGAGAUCUACCAAGUCAAGCAACAAAGACUUGAACUGGCCCAGCAGGAAUACCAACAACUUCAUGAUGUCUGGGAGCACAAGCUGGGGUCUCAGACUAGUUUGGUCUCCAGUUCCUCAUCUAGUUCAAAAUAUGAUCCAGAAAUUCUUAAAGCAGAAAUUGCUACCACAAAAUCUAGGGUAAAUAAACUGAAGAGAGAAGUUGCUCACAUGAGACAGGAACUCCAAUAUAAGGAACUUGGUUUUCAAACACUGAAGAAAAUUGAUAUCAAAAUGUCCGAUACCCAAGGUGGAUAUCAACUUGAUGAGGCACAAGCCAUCUUAAGUGAAAUGAAAGCUAUCAAGAAGGCCAUCACUUGUGGAGAGAAAGAAAAGCAAGAUCUCAUUAUGAACCUUGCCAGGUUGACAGCUAAUUUUGUGACAGAUAGAGGAUCACAUUCACACUUGUGGGCCAGCAGCACAUCCUCCGAAGACUCCAGUCUUUCAUUACCUAAGCAGUAUCUGGAUGCUGGUUCCCAAACUGAUGUGUCUGGAAAUUUUACUCCGAACAGUAACAAUCAAUUGGCUGAGAAGGUGAUAUUGCGUCUCCAAUAUGAAGAUGCUAAGCGAAGAAUAGCAAAUUUGAAGAUACAGUUGGCUGAACUGGAUAGUGAGGCCUGGCCUGGUGUGCUAGAUUCUGAACGAGACCGAUUAAUGUUAAUCAAUGAGAAGGAGGAACUUCUAAAGGAAAUGAGAUUCAUUAGCCCUAGAAAAUGGACUCAGGGUGAAGUAGAAAGGCUGGAGAUGGAAAGAAAACGUCUAGAAGAAGAUCUUCAGACUGCAAGAGAUACACAAAGCAAAGCUUUAACUGAAAGAUUGAAAUUAAAUAGUAAAAGAAAUCAGUUGGUUCGAGAACCAGAGGAAACAACACGAUUAAUGGCAAUGUUGCACAUCCAGUUGAAAAACCUGUCCUCGAGCAUGCUUUCCCUGUCAUCUGGCAGCAGUCCUGGCUCUCUUGCGUCUAGCAGGGGCUCUCUGGUCACCUCAAGCCAGGAUUCUUCAAACUCAGCCAGCUUUACCGAUCUGUUCAAUGAACAGUUUGAACAGCUGGACUCUGACUACCAGACCAAAAUGGACAUGCUUUUGGAGAGAGUCACAAGUUUUCGGCCUUCAGGCUGCAUCACUACUAUCCAUGAGAAUGAGGUGGUGAAAACUCAGAAAACCGAUGCCACUAACCGUUUGCAGGCCCUGAGAUCUUUGUCUGGGACACCAAAAUCAUUGACUUCUUUGUCUCCAAGGUCAUCCCUCUCUUCUCCCUCUCCACCUUGUUCACCACUAGUGAUAGACCCAUUCUUCACAGGAGAUACUUUCAUUAGUCAAAUGGAUUUUGAAGAUACAGAAAUAAACAGUGGUCUCUCUGAACUUAAUCUAAACACAGGAAGUGGCAAGAAGUACAGAACAGAAGAAUCAAGGACUGGUGUCAAACAUCUGGAUCAAGGUGUAAGUAUGGUAGAAGGAGCUGCUCUGAAGAUAGCAUGUGUAUCAGCUGCAGUGUCAGAUGAGUCAGUUGCUGGAGACAGUGGUGUGUACGAAGCAUCUGUGCAAAGAACUUGUGUGUCGGAGGCUAUUGUGUUUGACAACGAUGAUGCAGACACAGCUAGUACUGCUAAAGUUAAAAUUUCAAUGAAGUAUGAUGACAAAAAUAAACAGUUUGCAAUAUUAGUUGCCCAGUUGAAUAAUGUGCCUGUUAUCCUGCAACAGCAAGACCAGAAAGUGAGUAUUCGUGUGGCUGUUCUUCCUUCUUCUGAAAGCACAAGCUGUUUGUUCCGCACAAGACCAACGGAAGCAUCAGACAAUCUAAUUUACAAUGAAUUAUUUUGUGUUGCAAUCCCUUACUCUGUUUUACGACAGAAGACACUAAGGGUUGAUGUCUGCACAGUGGAUAAGUGCCAUCUUGAAGAGUGCUUGGGAGGUGCACAAAUUAGUCUUGCUGAGAUUUGCAGAUCUGGAGAGAGAUCAACGCGUUGGUACAACCUCCUUAGCCAUAAAUACCUCCACACUCAAAGCAGUAAAAAUAAGCAAGAUGAUGCCUGUUCCAAACUACCCUGCACUGAGAAAAUGGACUCUGUAUCUGCACUGCUGGAACAAACUGCUGUUGAACUAGAAGCUGUAGAGAAAAAACUAGAAGAAAGCAGAAGCUCUUUACUUACUAAUGAGAACUGGCAAGAUGAAGAAGAUGCUGAACAAGAUGGCAACAGUGAAAGUGAAGUAGUAGAAGAAGAAUUUUAUGGUGGGAGGACAAUAUGGGAAACAGAAGAGAUCGCAUCAUCCUUGUCACAGGCUGAGUCAGCAGCCAUCAAGGUGGAUAAAGAGACCAACACGGAGAGCCUUAUACCAUCUUCCACAGCAGUUCGUCCAAAAGAUAAAAGAACAUCUAACCCUCUACGAACUCCAUUUGUUAGGGGCAGCACUAUUAUCCGAUCCAAAACCUUUUCUCCAGGACCACAGAGCCAGUAUGUGUGUCGGCUUAAUCGCAGCGACAGUGAUAGUUCAACAUUGUCUAAGAAACCAUCCUUUGUUCGAAAUGCUGUGGAGAGGCGAAGUGUCAGGAUGAAAAGGUCUUCUGUUAAAACCACUGGGGCUGAGCGUUUAAUACGUACCUCUUUGGAUCUGGAAUUGGACUUGCAGGCUUCAAAGACCUGGCACAAUCAGUUGGUUCAAGAGAUCUCUGCCCUCAAGCAGCUAAAAGAACAAUUAGAACAAGCUCAAAGUCAGGGGGGAAAGGAAUUACCCUGGUGCAUAGACGAGGAUGAACGAUUUCGGAUGUUGAUGAGACUGGUGGAGAAACAGGUAGAAAAAGUUGAAUGUAAGUGUGAGCUGAAAGCUAAUAAAAUGAUGAGAGCAGCUGCUAAAGAUGUGCAUAGGCUACGAGGGCAGAGUCGAAAGGAGCCCCUAGAGGUGCAGUCAUUCAGAGAGAAAAUGGCGUUUUUCACACGACCGAGGAUAAACAUUCCUGCUCUCUCUGUGGAUGAUGUUUAAUGUCUAUUUAAGUAUUUCUUUUCAGACCACUUCAGAAAAGUAUAAUUUUGUUUCACUGAAGUUUAUUUAUGUGGUAUUAUAAAGGUACAAAGUCAUUUGUAUGUUGAUGGCUUUACCACCUCUAUGUUCACAUUUUUAGCUUUCUCCUUGUCAUCUUAAACCACACCAUUAAAAAUAACAUGAUUAUAUAGUUUGUAUAUUUAGCAAUGUACUUUUUGGAAAGUAUUUUUGAAAUAUGAACAAAUUCAACUGGAAAAUUUGUUUUAAUAAAUCCAUUUAGAUAUUUUGUACAGCUCUCCUUUUUUAAAGAGGUUUUACUGCAAUAAAUUUGAAUCUGAGAGAGCAUCAUCCUAUGAUUCUAAAAUAUAUCCCAAUUCUUAUAUAACUAGCUUUUGCUAAUUUAAAUAUUUUUGUACAAAACAGAAGAUGAAAGAAGCCUUUUUUCUUUUUAAACAGCUGUGAACGAGCUCUCUGUGAGCUAUAAAACAUUUCCUUUUCCUUCCAGGUCAUAAAAAUGGGUGUGGAGUUCAAAAUGCUUAUGCACUUUAAUUUGGAGAUUGUUACUUCAGCUCAUUACGUACUUGACCUGUCAAAAGUUCCAAAGCCCAGUGAACCCUUUGCUACAGGGAGAGAGCUACAUGGAACAUAUGUCCCUGUGAGACUUUCUGGUGGCUCGGUGUUUUGCUUAACAACAACAACAAAAUCCUAACCAACUAGCACACAAAAAUAAUUCAUUUUUUAAAGGAAAUUGACAUUUGUUUUAAAAUGAUUUUCAAGUUGGUUUAAUAAACAAUGAAAUCCUUGUGUAAUCCUAACAGUUCACAAAGAGCAGCAGCCACUGAACUUUUACGAACACAAGUAUUUUGCCCAUAGUUUUUUCUUUAAAUCUGUGGAGUCUUUUAUGUUUUUUUAAUCUGAUCAUAUCCCUCUGCCCUUUAUUGAAUGGAAUAACUAAUUUGGAGUGGGUUUCCUCUUACCACCUUUGAAAACAGCUACUAAACAACAUGCAAUGAAGCCUUGUCUAGACUGUAACUGUGUCUAAAAGCCAUAGCUUUCCAUACUGUUGUUAGCAUUUAUGUAUAUAUAUAUAUAUAUAUAUAUAUAUAUAUAUAUAUAUAUAUUUCAGCUUGCUCACCUUGGUUGGUAAUAUUUCUAUUUUAACUUGUGUGCGCACACAAGCAUUCUUUUGCUUGAACUCUCACCUUUGUGCAUAUAUGCAUACAUGCACAGCCUGUCCAGGCAGUAUAUUCUAGGGCAAGCUUUUAGCCUAGUAUGAGUCUCAGAUGCAUGCCCAUUUCUGCUUCCUGUCUCUGUAGGGAAAAAUAAUGAAUUGGGAUGUACUGUUUUUGAACAUUAGUGUCUUGAUGAGCAACAACAACAACAACAACAACACCCUAUAGAUAUUUCUGGAUACUAUAUGAGGGAAUAAAUGAAUGGUGAGAGGGAGGCCUGUGUGAGAGCCUGAGACUCAUACUGGGUUGAGAUCUUCGUAAUGUAGUACCUGAACAGGCCCACACAUUUUCUCCAUCCCCCCGCCGCACCACUUGUUUCCCACACUCAUUUCUCUAACUGUUGCCAACACAAGAAUGAGAGCAAUGGGGACAGGAAUAUAAAAAGGCCUUAAAGGUCCACAAACCAAAAUGCGCCUUCAUGAGUAAAGCCAACAAGUGGUUUAAAACUGGCUCUUGAAAUGUACAUAUUUCUUUUUCAUGUAAAAGAACACUUUAAUAGGCAAGCACUAAAUGAUUGACUUUAUAUCAAUUUUAAAUUUUUGUCAGGAUUAACAGAUUAAAAUUGCUAUAGAAAUUUA